UAUUUAUCUCAUCGUCGCCGUUACAUGACUUUUUGUGCAAACGAUGAAGAAGGCAGAGCUGGUAUUCGUCCCAUCGCCUGGAAUGGGCCACUUGGUAUCUACAGUGGAAUUGGCUAAGCUUUUGGUGGCUCUCAAUUCCAAUCUCUCCAUCACCGUCCUCAUCAUCAAGCCACCUUACGACCCAAAUCUAACAGCCUACAUCGACUCUCUCAUUACUGAUACUGAUACCAUCUCCACUCGCAUCAAAUUUAUCAACCUCCCUCAAGAUGAAACCCAAAAAGGUAUUCCUCCCAACAAGUUCAUGACCACUAUAAUUCAAAGCCAGAGGCCCCACAUAAAAGAGGCCGUCGCCAAAAUAGUUCAGUACUCCAGCUUAGUGCCCGACUCACCUCGACUCGCCGGGUUCGUUCUCGACAUGUUUUUUACUGCCUUGGUAGAUUUGGCUAACGAAUUUGGUGUUGCUAGCUAUGUUUUUUACACCUCGAGUGCAGCUUUUCUUGGCUUCCAAUUUUAUAUGCAAGCUCUUCGUGAUAAGCAAAACGUUGACAUCACCAAGUUAAAAGGCUCGGACGCUGAGUUCACCAUACCCUCCUAUGUCAACCCAGUUUCUGCUAAAUUCUUUCCUGCCCUAAUGUUCAAGCCCGAAACUUUGACUGUGCUCCUCAAGGGGGCAAAGGAGCUUAGGGAAGUCAAGGGUCUCAUGGUAAAUACAUUUUCGGAGCUUGAAUCCCAUGCGGUCGACUCCCUUUCUGAUGGUAAAUACCCGGCUGUUUAUCCGGUGGGACCAAUUUUGAAUCUCAUGAGUGAAAGUGGUGCACAUCAGAACUCUGAUAUCAUGAAAUGGCUUGAUGAACAACCUCUUUCAUCGGUCGUG